GAAAAGGUUAUUGGAAUUCGGAUUUGUUUUAUUUUCGUUUUCUGAUUAAGUAACAAUUUAAUUAAACAGUUUACUUGAGUAUCGGCACAAACCUAAUUAAUUAGUAACAUUUGUAUGUGUGUUUGUACAAACUGUAACAUUUGGUUGUAGUCAGUAUUUAUAUUUACAGCUUAGGAUUUCUAAUAGGUCAUAAAUACGUAAGUGACGCUAUAUAUCAACAGUAAGUAAACAAGGAACUAUAGCAAGUCAAUCUUAUGUGGAUUUAAUUAUGUUUGCUCAGACCAUUUCACCAUUGUAGGGCUCUUGACAAAAUAUUUUAUUGUUACUACUGUGGUAUUAUUACGCAUGAAACGGGCUCCUAUGAUAAUACAAUGUCCUUAUGUGCCCCAAAGGAUUGCCAUGAGUUGGGAACUGCAAAUACCGGAGAUCAGUCCGGGGUCGUGGGAGUUUCAGACCAGUAUAAAAACGCCAGGAACAUUUUAAACACUUGCGCCUGGAACGAAGUGCUGCAAAGAAGUACAGUCUUAUCAGAAGCGUUUUUGAGGGUCUGCGAACCGAAACCGUUAACUGUUCUACGCAGAGCCAAUAGCGAGAGCAAAAUUGUAGAACGCCAAAAACGUUGGGGCGACCACGAAGGUUUAGGAAAAGAGAAACCAAAGUUACGACUGUCAACUGCAAGCCUUGGCAACCGGCCGCCGUUGCAGAAAACAAAAUCACAGCAACAGGAUGUCAGAUUUCGUAGAAAAUUACGAUUAGGAAAAACUGUAGACGAUGUAUUACCUAAACUGCCGUUUCAAAGCAAAAAGAGUCAAGGUUCAAGCCCCAUAAAGGAAUCAAAACCCAAGAAAAUUAUCUCACCUAGGCAGGGAAAAAACAAACCACUUAUCGUUUCGCCUGAGCUAGUUUGGCCAGCACAGUCUAAAGGUAAUAAGACUGCAUUGAAAGGCCGGUUGGCGGACGAGGUUUUAGACUGGUGUUCGCCUUUACGUCUGGACCGUAUUGCCCUCCCCGAUAUGAACCCGGAUAUAUCGAAGCAGACAAGCCACCGAGACGCAUUAGAUUCAAUUACGUCCCAACUUCCAGUACUCAUGCCGGUAUCGACCAAACCAGAGCAUCAACGGAGCAACGAGCCAGUAACAAACGGCCUUAAUGGCUUCUCUGAACUUUCAGAGCACAAAGUAGGCAACGAUAACAUAACAAACGGAGCAUCCAGCUCGCUAUGCAGACUUAUUGAAGUGGACGGAGUUAACUACAGAGUAACGAUGGCGAUGGAUCAAAACUUAGGUAGGGUGGUUACUUUGCAUCGUAAACUAGUAACCAAGAAGCGAAAGAACAAGUUUCCCAAUGACGAAGUUCCCGGCGGUACUAAGGCGAAAAAAGGCGUCGUACCUACCAAGAGGAGUGAGCCCACUGAAGCAGUCAAGCUGGGAGCCGCUUUACAUCGACGGUCAAAGCCUCCGUCCCGGCAGGGACAGGAGUCGUCUCGGCAAAACUAUGACGGCGUUGCCGAGAGGAGUGGGUUCGAAGUGGGUUUGUCCACACUUUCUGGGACCAGUUUUACGGAACAGGACCCACUACGGGCCUUGUGGUUGGAGGAAAGGGACAAAAACUCAAGGAAUGUCGACCUAACAAGAUGUCACGACUGUGACUUGGCUGACCCAACAUCUAACGAAGGAUUAAACCAAGCCUCACUAAGGUUACGGGCACUCCUUCAUUCCUUUAACGAUGAGUCCAACUCGGUUUCAUCAGAACACAUUCGACAGAAUAUUGAAUACGCAAUCGCCGUCAUGGAGUCGCGUUAUGUAAACAGAAUAGCAGACAUCUCCGAUGAUGAAGUACCAGCGACCUUGUCAGGUGAAGGGCCCGUUCCACCCGAGAUUAAACGAUGGUUGGUUCAAACUUUCACCAGUCGUCGACCAGACACAAGGAACCGCAAGGAGUCCGAAAACAAGCGAUCUCUACGAAGUGUCGUCCAUGCUGUGCAAGCUGGAAUGUUCGUGGACCGAAUGUUCCGCAAAACUUCGGUCGGUGUUCAAAACCUACCUCCUGAAGUACAACUGCAUUUCAAGAACAUCGACAGUUGGUCAUACAAUGUGUUUGAACUGGAACGCAUCAGUGAAGGCAAUUCACUUAAAUUCGUAUUUUAUGAGCUCCUUAAUAAAUACGACCUUAUACGAAAAUUCAAGAUACCUCUGAAAUCGUUGUUCGCAUAUUGUACCAAACUUCAGCGUGGCUACAGAAAGCACAACAAUAGAUACCACAACCCUAUUCAUGCGGCUGAUGUUGCACAAUCUCUUAAUUGCCUUUUGGUCAACUCAGGUUUUGUGCAUUGGCUCUCCGAUGUUGAGAUGUUCUCUAUGAUAAUGGCCGCGAUAGUCCACGACCUGGAGCAUAGUGGAACCACCAACACUUUCCACACAAAUACGAGGUCCCCUCUAGCUCAAAUGUAUAAUGACAAGUCAGUGUUGGAGAAUCAUCACAUCAGUAGUGCGUUCCGUCUUCUUAACGAGGAAGAUUGUGACAUACUCGCAAACUUUUCUAAGGACGACUACCAAGAGGCUCGUACACUAAUGAUAGACAUGGUGCUUGCUACAGACAUGAGCCAACAUUUCGGUCAACUUAAACGCUUACAAAGUAACCUCCAGCACCCUGAAAACUUAGAGAAAUCGCGAGCAAUGUGUCUGAUGAUCCACUCGGCUGACAUCAACCAUCCAUCCAAACCUUGGAACCUGCACUGCAGAUGGACGGAGAGAUUGGUGGUCGAGUUUUUUGAGCAGGGCGACCAGGAACGUGGCUUGGGUCUUCCUCUUUCACCGUUAUGCGACCGACACACUACUAUGGUCGCACAAUCACAGAUAGGUUUUAUAGAUUACGUCAUAAAACCAACUUUCGACGUCCUUUAUGACAUAUUUCGCAAUGUCAAUGGCCCGGUUGUGCGUGACGCCAUUCUAUCUAUAAGACGCGCCAGCAAAGCCGACGUGACGUCAUUGGAGACCCCAUGCGCAGAUGACGUAUUAAAACGCAGAUUUAGUGACGUCAGUUCAUACUGUACCGCUCUAACAAACCAAAAGUCUAUUCUUGAAUCGCUGGCGAAGUUCGAGACAGAAUUUUAUUCCAAUAUUGAAACGAACCGAACACAUUGGCAGAAACGAGACGAAAUAGAGCGGGCAAAUGAAUGGUUUGGGGAGAAGGCUUUUACAUUUUUUCCGCUUCAACCUGAAGAUUCAAGCCAAACCAAUUCGAUAAACGGUCACGAGGUGUCGCCACAGAAACCUGAAAACGAUGUGAGCGCACCCACGCCUCCGAGGACAGUUUCAAAAACCUCUAAGGCGCCGACCACGUAGCAUAGAGCAAGGAAUUUGAUCUUUUCUUUGCACAUUUGCGAACACGCGUGUAAUAAACAAUGGCCCAACAACACGGGCUCGGGUACCUACGACGGUUACUAUCCAUAUAAGUUUGUUCCUUGACUCUCUGGUGUUGGCGCCGACCGAUUUAUUUAGACACUGUGCUUUAUUUUUUUAACGGAUAUUAUAUAUUAGCUGUUGUACCUACAGUACCACACCUCGGCUCGCGCUUUAUUUCACGCAGCUGUCCAAAACUUACUAGUACAGCGGGAUAUGCGGUUCCCUUACACUUUGUUAGUGCUGUUUUUCACUACUUAUCACUGAAUUUUCAUUCGUUCGGUACAAACAAAGCUGUGGAUCUCGUGAUUUAUUUUCUACCAAGCAAAAGCGGGCAUAAGCAAAUCCACACUGUAGAUAUGAUUUUACGUAGAGGGGACAAAUAUAUUUCCACAAAGUGUAUUUUAAUGAAAUAAUGAGCAAUAAACUUAGCCAACAAAUACUUAAAUUA